ACGAAUGGAAUCUUAAUUCAUGGUUAUAUUUUGAAAUAGUGUUUUCUAAAUAUUUCUUAUUGUUACCGACUAAUUUCUAUUAAAUAUAUGAUGUAAGUCAAAUAUAAUAUUAAGGGCUUCAGUAUUCUGAAAAUGCCAGUAAAUUAUAUGUCUGAAACAAAAAAAGGAGUGGAUAGAACGAAAUUUUCACUAUCUCUUAAUAAAAAUAAUGUCGCACAUCUGAACAGGGAAUCCAAACCGGGAUUUUUUAACGAAACCCCUACUAAAAAGACCAUUAGCCAUAAUAAAGAAAAUAAACCAGUAAAGAGACCAUUGCAAGGUACUUAUACGAAUACAUUGAAUGCUGCUAAGAAGUUAAAGCCCUUGGGAGAAACAACCAAACAACCAGGUUCCACCUUGCGGCAACAACUUAUAGUACUAGAAAUUAAGGGAGUCAAUUCUGCCAUGUUGAAUGGCCACCAUCCCUCGGAUAAUCAGUAUGGGGGCAGUUCACAGUCUAAGACUCCAAUUGCCACCCUAGCAAACCUUGGAAACACAUGCUUUCUCAACAGUGUCCUUUAUACUUUGCGUUAUGCUCCACAAUUUGUUCACAAUCUGCAUCACUUAGUAUCAGAUUUGAGCCGAGUAGAGCAGAAACUUGGUAGUAUCAGGUUAAAGAGCUCCUCGCUAGGCCGAAGUGCAGCUGGCAUUGCAUCAUCCGGGACCAGGUCGUGGAGCAGUAAAGAUUUGUUAUCACUUGGACAGUCUGAUUAUAAUACUGCUAAGAGUAAGAUACAGAUUGCAACGGAGAAACUGCAUGAAACUUACUUAAGUCUACGAGCAGCCGAAAGCAAAUGUCUUCACAAUGGCUCUUCCGAUUCUACUCCAGAACCUUUUGCACCUGACACAUUCCUAGCUGCUCUCAGAGAGGUUAACUCAACAUUUGAAGGUAACAGACAGCAAGACGCACAUGAGUUGCUUGUGUGUAUUUUGGACAGCAUACGGGAAACGUGCCGGGCCUUGAGUGCGAGAGCAGCUCGGUUGCAAGUUCACGACAAUGGUGACAGCAGCAACGGCCUAGGUCGGUCGAACAUCGAAGACACAAAGACCCUGGGAAACAUUCGCAAGUCAUGGAAGAAACGGAAGGAGUAUAAGGUGAACGACAAGCGGGCGUCACCCACCGACGAGCGUGCGCCUACGACUGGGGACGCGCAGUGCGAUGAGAGGGCCCGUCCCGGAUGGGAUUUUGUUGCGGAGGACUUUGAAGGCACGAUGAUAGUGCGAACCAUGUGCGUGGAGUGCGAGACAGUGACGGAGAAGUGGCAGGCGGUGUGCGAGCUGUGCGUGCCCGUGGGAGACGACGAGCCGGGAGACGAACCCUUCCGUGCCGCCUGCCUCUCCACAGAGUACCUGCGGGACCAGAACAAGUAUUGGUGCGAGAAGUGUUUGCGUUAUAACGAAGCUCGUCGCAGCGUCGGAUAUUCGCGACUUCCGCGACUGUUGGUGCUGCAGCUGAAGAGAUUCAGUGGCGGGAUGGAGAAGAUAACUCGUCACGCUCCCACGCCACUGCUGAUGCCGUGUUUCUGUGAACCCUGCGCUAAAAGACCAGCAGAUCAACCACCCACACACAGGUAUAUUCUAUGGGCAGUAAUAAUGCACCUUGGACAAACACUAACAGGUGGUCACUAUGUUGCCUAUGUCCGGGACACGCAGGACCUCAAGUGUGACAGAGAGAGCACUACCGACCUCACAUCUAACUCCAGCUCGAGCUUCAUGAGGACUUUAUUCAAUAGGCCCAGGCCUCAACCCACCGGUUGUACAGCUAAAGAAUGCUGUGUACCUCGGCAGAGGCCAGAAUCUGGCUGGCUGGCCUGUGAUGAUGACCUUGUUAAGCCUAUAUCGAAUGAAGAAUUUGAAGACUUGCUAUCAGCUGAGCCAAAAAUGAGGUCAGCGGCAACACCAUACCUCUUAUUUUAUGUUAAAAGUGAAGUGAACUAGUUUCUGUGUUUAGUGAUUGAUGUGGUGUUAUCAGAAUAAGUCACAGAUUUGUUUAAAUAUUGUUUGAAGUGAAAGAUACAAACCCCCCAGGUGAAUUUCAAACCCAAGUGUUUCAAUCAAGAGACUAGCAAUAUUAAAUAAAAAGUAAGUAUUUUCUUAAGUCUUAGUGUAUUUUAUUCAAGUUUGUGUUAGUUUUAUAUAUAUAUAUAGUGCUCUUUACUUUUACUAUCACUGUAGAAUCAAAUGUCAAUGGGAAACUUAAAGCAUAGGAAUCUUAAUAAGAAAGUACUAAAAGUGACAUAGCCACUUUAAAAAUUUUGCCUCACAGGUGACUUAUAUAUAUAUAUAUAUAUAUAUAUGAGAUUUCCACGUAUAUAGUCAGUCAUCAAUAUAUCUCUGGAACCAAAAUGCGUAGAGACUUGAAAUUUGGUAGAAAUAUUCCUUUCGCCGAGUAGAGAUCAGCUAAGAACGGAUUUAAAGAAAUUCCAUCCGCAGGAUAAUUUUUUAUGACAGAACAACGUCUGUCGGGUCCGCUAGUAGACCAUAAGCGACUAAGUAGUGAUUUAGUAUUAAUCGGAACGGCAUACUUGAAAGAACUCGUAAUUAUGGUGUAUUUCAGUAUUUAAUAUAUAUCUUAAGGUGUACAUUUCCGCAACCAUUAACUAUACCAAUACAUAUUAUAUUUCUUGGGUAUUUUUGUUACUAAACUGUUAUUUUUCAUUAUUACAUUCUUAAUUUCUUUGAAGUCAUUUUGCAAACCAUUAAGCAACCAUUUGCAAACCCUCAAUAUCCAGAGUGUUGCAAGUAAACAUAGUAUUAAAUAAACUUGUAUAAAGAUAACUAAAGUUAAUUUUUUUUUAAAUAAACCAAGAAUAUGCAAAAUGUUUAUCAAUGUACAUAUUACUUAUGAUUGGUUUAUACUGAUGUAUAACGUUUCCCGCAUAUAUUUGCUUAAAUAUAUUUAUGUACGUUUAUAUGAAUUUAUGUAUCUUUAAGUUAUUGUAUUAUAUAUAUCAUUGUCUUGUAACCCAUAACACAGGCUAUAUAUGCUUAACUUGGGGAGAUAAUUUGUGUAAAAAGUGUUUAAAUAUUAUUAUUAUAUUAUUUGCAAGGCUGGCAGACAUUGGAAAACUUCAAAAUUAUCAUUGUAUUGACAAUUUUGUCAGCGAUGUAGACAAUAUUUGCAUAUUAUUCUUGAUUUAUUCUCAGGUAAUUCAAUCUCAUUGUACCAAGACUAUGUGUAAGGCCGUUCAGGUGUAAUUUAUAACAUUUUUAUUACUUUCUUAUAUGGAUUUCUAUGUUCUAGAUUAUAAUUGUGUUACAGAAGAAUAGCAUAGAUAUAAACCUCCAUUUGUCACGAUCUUUUAUAAACCUCAAGUUACAAAAGCUGAUAAAACAUUUGAUAAUCAAAAGUAAAGAGUACAUUGUAGUGAUCUUUAAUUAUAUUCUGUUUAAUUAUUUCAUUUUAAUAGACAAUUUAUCCUCUUGCAAGUUAUGCUCACCAUUUAUAAAUAUAAUAAUAAAAUCAUAUAUUUGUAAUGUUCAAUACUGUAAAAUAUAUAUCACGGUUCCACUGACAAUACAUAAAUUUUUAAAAGAAAUCAUAAUAUAAAUGUUUAAGCUGUUGAUAAUAUAUGUUCUUGUAUAUGAGAGAAAUUAUGCAAAAUUUCUAAUUGUAACAAUGGCCUAAAGAUGAAUCAUAUAAUACUCAUAAAAAAUCACAAUUAUAUUAUCAAUGUUAUUAGUUAUGUACUGUCAAAGUUUGCUGUUGUCAAAUGAAUGAUAUUUUUAAUAUAUAAUAAAUGUUCAAAUGCGAGAAUGUAAAACAUAUAAAGAGUAAAUGCAGUAUUACCACUGGCGAUGAGUGCACUACCUAUAUAAAGUUAUAGUAGAAAAAGUUUAUUUUUUAUGAAUACUGCAACCACUGAACUAUGGGUAUGUUCCGAUAUGCACUACGACCACUGUACAGUGUGACGACAAUUUAGUAUGCUGUGAAGCCAGUUAUACUGGUUACUAUUUAAAACGGAACGAAAUCUCGUAUACUGUCAGCCACAAAACUGUUGUUGGAGUACUGUCAUAUAAAACGUUAGGCACUCGAGUGGUUUUGACUGGAUCACGUGAUCAAAGUUCUGCGAGUACCUCACCUCGAAAACGCCAGUGCUCACAGUAGAAUAUGGCGGCGAUUUAUGACGUCAUUUACUUCCCUAGGGUACUAUACAGGCAGUCCAUAACGGAACGAAUUUUUCUACAGUGAUAGCACUGUGCAGUGCUCGCAGUGCAUAUCGGAAAAUACCCUAUAUUUUAACACUAACCGCCAAACUCAUAGUGAUUCCUUAUCUUAGUGCUAAAGAAUACUUUGCUAAGUAUACAUUAAGAUUAAUGUAUACUACAACUGGGAUACAACUCUCCUUAGUAGAUACUAAGGAGAGUUGUAUCCCAGAGAGGUCACUUAUGCUUUUCUUAGCUAAGGAAACAUUUAUGUAAGCAUAUAGCUGAACUUUCAUUAUCGACAGGAUAUCGAUAAAUUAUUUAUGAUACCAGUAUAAUAAAUAAUAGGAUAAAUAAAUUUCUUAGCAACAAAAACACUUAUUUUUGAUUAAAAAAAUAAAAAAAAUAUGUCAGUGUCUUCAACUGUUGUGAUUUUUGUUGUGGGAAUAAGUUUUUCGUGAAAUUCAUUACAAAAGAUAAAUUAGGCUUAUAAAGCUCGAACAAAUGAUUUAAUGUGGCACACUGUUUAAAACAGGAGAUGGACUUUCUUCUGUACCACCACAGAUAGCAAUGGAAGCCUUCUCACUUUAUUGGAUGUAUCUACCAUACAGCCUCAUCAUAUUAUAGAAAAUUUGUACCCUAUCAAUAACUUUUGAAACUGAAAUGAAUUUAUUGUAACUAAUCACUGAUUAAAUAUAUAGUUCAAAUUAUAUUAAAACAUAAUAUUGCAUUAUUAUUACAGAAAUAGACACGUUAAUCUCAAUAUUUACACAUCAAAACCUCAAGCAUUAAAGUAUUGUCAAUACUUAGAAUUAAGUAUUCCUUAGGCCUGUUUAGGAAUCCUUAGGUAACUAUAGGAGUGAACAUUUUUAUUUAUAUUAAGACUAUGAGUAUGGCGGUUAGAUUAAGGAUUGGUCUCCGCUGCGAUCCAACUAGAUACUGCACUACUUAAGAACAAUAGCUUUAUUAUUAGGGCGACUAUUAGAUGCUUGUGUGCGUGGCAUUUUUCAAAUUUUGUAACAAUAUACGCGUCGUGUUAUAUUUCAUAUGCAAAAUACUUAUUACUGAUGAUAUUUGAUCCCAGUGUCUUUCUUAUUUCUUGUAUUAUAAUUUAACUAUGUAACCCGGUAUUUUAGUGGCAAUUCUUAGCAAAAAUAAAAAAUAAAUAUCAGUGAGGCACCAAAACAAGCCGGUAAACGUGUAGAUACGUAGCCCCACGCAUACACAUACACUAAUACAAGCCGAUUAGCCGCCAUUAUGAGAUUUGCCAUCGUCUGUGACAGAUCAGUUUGCGUCGAAAUAAAAUAUUUUAAAAAUGCCGUCGUGCGUUGUGAAAAAGUGUAAUAACAAUACUAUAAAAGUAUUUGUGCAUAUAUGAUUAUUUAAGUGAGAAAAAAUUGUGUAACUGGUAUACCCCGUUACCUCACACACACUAGCAUAACGGUGCUUCACUUGCUAAUAUCACGGCGCGGAGUCCUUCUUUUUUUACUAGUCCGUGUUUGUAUUGUGUAUUUGUAAACAUGCUUGUGUGCAUUUUCAAAUUAUGUAACUAUACGCUUCGUGUUCUUUUACAUUGAAAUUAAUAAAAUUCAAAAUACUUACUGAUGAUAUGUGAUCCCAGUGCCUUUCUUAUUUCUUGUAGUAUUAUUUUUACAAAGUUUUACUACGCAACCAGGCAUUUUAGUUUCAAUUAUUAGCAAAGUUUAAUAGAACAUAUUGUGGCACAUCAACGUCACACAUUGUUCGAUACUGUCUCGACUACGCCCACUUGGACGUAGUAUAAGUUGCCGCACUUUGCGACUACGCCUUCGGUAACUAGUUGGAGCGCAGCGGAGACCAAUCCUUAAUCUAAGACUUAACAUUUUAUUUAUUUAAAUCGGCUUUACUUUGCAUUCAUCAGUGUGUUGGCUUACGACGUUUAUUACGACCAGUCGUGUGAAUCAUAAGUAAAGCCAAAUAUAAAGGAAAGUAGCUCUCGAAAGUUUGAAUAAUUUAAUUAAACAUUUUGUUGUAUAAAAAUUAUCUUAUGAAUCGCUGGUUUCAAGACUUAAGUAGCAACAUUUUUAUAAUAUCUUAUUGCAAUGUUGCAAAUAUAAUUUUAUAGUAUGUGUGAGAUAUGACACUGUUAUAAUGUUCUUAUAGAUAUAUGAUAAUUUUAGAUUACUGAUAUCACUCGAUGACAUUUGCAUUCUUGUAAAAUGAGACAACUAUACUAAGCCGAAGUCAGCCUACCGACCCAGUCUUCUUGCAAGUAAUGUGCAGGAUGUGUGUGCUUUAUUAAAUUUUAGGUAUAAUCCAAACUUAAAUUCUAGUUUGCUUAGCAAAACUUAAUACAAGAAAUAAGAGACGGAUAUAGGUAGCACUACCACAUUAUAGUAUUAAAUUGCUUUGAAUUAGUGUUGAAACAUGAAUAUGUGCCAUGCUAACUCCAUUUACUUUGACCAACCUUCCAGUGUCUGUUUUAGAUAGUUUUAACCAUAACCUUAGUGUUAACUAGCGUAAUAGACAAAACAAGAUGGGAGGAUGAACUCAAACUCACAGCGGGCCCGAACUGGAGAAGAGUGACCCAUUACAGACUCCAAUGGCUAGAGGAGGCCUUUUCCAAGCGGCACACUGAGUUAAGAGACAUACUCAAACUCAGAAUAAAAAGGGCUUAAUAAUAAUAAUAAAAAAUAGACAAAGACUCUGCUCAUUACGACGAGACUAAAUUUAAAAUGUUCAUGUGUGCUAGUUUUAUAGAUGUGAUAGUGAAGUGUGUAGUAUUUUGCUGGGUCAAUCCUAUGACAAAUAUUGAUAAACGGCGUAAAUUCACGUAUACCAUUAUCUCAUUUUCUAACACAUAUAUUUUUUUAAUUAAUAUAAUAUUUAGAAAACAGAGUGUUUACUGUGUAUAUAAAAUUUAAUAGUAGUAUUGAAGAUUUAGAUUCAGUUAAAUGUUUCUUUAGUUGAAUUGUUGCUAUAUGUAACAGCACAACCUAAUACAGAACACGAAACCAUUAUAUUUUAAAUUAAUAUCCGUUAAAACACAGAACAAUAACGAUAAAAACUCUAAAAUUAAAAUGCGGUCCAAUUUGACAGGAGACUAAUGGACACUAAAAUGUUUCAAAACAGUUUGAUGGUCUUCAUCUAUUCCGUCUCUUUCUCAUCUAGGUUUUUAUGUAAGGAUAGUUAUCUCACUUUCACACAUGGUUCGUCUUUUACGCUAGUAUACUAAGUUGUAUGUUUUUAACAUUUGGGUCAGCUUAUUUUUUCUCUGCAUUUCAUAUUUGAACUAUAGUAUCAAUAUAUCAAAAAGCUUUAAAGAGUAUUGUGGAAGAAUUAUCAUAAACAGAACAAUGUAAAAUAAUGAGGUCAAUGACCUCCUCUUUUUAACCGACUUCAACAAGGGUAUCAAUUCGAUUGGUAUAUAUUUUAAUUAUGUAUGUACACCAAUUAUGCUGAGAUUUAUGAUCCGAUUUGCGUGAUUCUUCUUUGGUUUGAUGUGGUAUAGUUGCUAUCACAUAAAAAUUUUACAUAGUUUGUCCCAAUUGUUUUCAUUUUUUAUAAUAAUUUACUGUUAAGAUUCUCGACCAAUCUUGUCAGAUUAAAUGUUUCAUUUAUAAUUCGUACUGCACUUACUAUAUUUAUACUGUAAAUUAUUAAUUAUUUAUAUCAAAUUAUCCUGCUUGACAUAAAUAAUUAUUUAAUUAGAUUAUUUUGCACUUGGCAUUGAACAUUUGUAAGUUCUUGUGUGGAUACAGUAAGGAUCCAUAUUAAGGUACAAACAUACAUAAAAUCACGCCUGUUUCCCGUAGGGGUAGGCAGAGACCACUUUCCACUUGCUACGAUCCUUACAUACUUGUUUCGCUUCGUCCACUUUCAUAAUUCCUUUCAUACAUGCUCUCCGGCUUAGGGUACUCUUGACCUGGCCUUUUUCAAGACGUCCCUGAUUUGAUCUUUAAACGUUCGCAGAGGUCUAAGUCUAAGGUACAAAGGCUUAGAUAAUUUACAUAUGUCAAGCUGUUAGUCAAUGCAUAACAACAGGCGAAGUUUAUUAGUUUUGUGUGCAUGACAGCUACAUACACUGGCCAAACGCAUGUCACGCUAAAAAUAAGAUGUUAACAGACGGCGUGACACUCCUCAGUUUUGUCUCCCCAAGAUUGCUUAGCGGCCGUGUAAAUUGUGUGUAUGUGUGCGUGCGUCGAAUUGGGCGCUCUAGUUUGAAAUGAACGACUGUUCUAUUGUAUUGCAUUGUCUAUACGCUAAUAUAUUCUGGUUUUAACAGUAAACAAAGCUAUAAUACUAUCAAUUAUUCAGAGUUUAGAGAAAGAGGUGUCCUAUAAUGGCUCAAGUUUUAUUAACCAUUACAAGAUUUAUUUUCAGCAAUUUUUUAAACAAUAAAUAAGUUGAAUUUGAACAUUUCACUAACGGCCGUUUCGAAUAUUCAGUCUAUUUCUUACUUGAGAUAAAAAUCGUAACUAUCGUUGACUUUUUUUGUCCCAAUAAACUUAUCGAUGGUAGCUCACCUUAUCCGUACACGCUGUCCGUCAAUGGGACGACGUAUAGCUGACCAGCGAUAGAAGUUUGUAUGGAAAUUGCUAUUCACCCGUCCCAAUAUAAGGCGAUAAGAAUGACUUAUCGGGUAUAUUGGGACAGCUUCAUAUUAUUGACAGCCAAUUACUGACAGUAGAAGGUAAUAAUUUAUCUCUAUCUGUAGAUAGUAUAUUGGGAACGGCCGUGGCACUCUAUUUAGGCUUUUUCUAAUUUGCACUUUAUUUGUUUAAAACUGUAUGAUGAACUUGGUUGUGGCCUAUUCAUAAAAUAAAUAUAGUCAGGCGAAUUAUGUACAUAUUAAUACUAUUGAGUUACACAUCGAUACAUUAUCACAACCCUAUUGUAGUAUAUUUGACAUAAUGAUAAUUUUAAUUAUAUGGCCAUGAUAAAUUAGUUACCCAUUUGGUUUAAACAAAGUUUAUAUUUGUCAUUGUGUGUCCGAAUAACUCCAACAGAUAGAAACUUUGAUUUAAUCCGUUACAAUUGUAUUAUUUUAACAUAUAUGUGCAUAAGUGCAGUGGUUUUAAGUGUAUUCUUUUGGUUAUAUUGUGAGUUAUAUUUAGUUUUAAAUCACUUCGCAGUACAGGUAAAGAAAUUCAUUUCAACUAAAAUCUGUUACAGCAAACUUAGUGUACUUAUAAGAUAGAUGCAAAUAACUAUUGUCCAAGUGAGUUUUGUACAUAAGAAAGGUGAUAUUAUUAGCUAAUAUUUUGAACAUUUUUAUGCUUUAUUGUAAUAGAAUUAAGGUCCUAUUUAUAAAUAAUAUUAAAAAUAAACCGUAAACUGUUCUUGGUUAUAACUUAGGACUAAAAAUAAAUAAUAUUGAUGUGAUAGUAGGCUGCUUUCUUAACUAGGAUAUGGUGAAGUAUCAAACACUUAUAAAAGUAUUUAGUUAUUGACUGUGAUGCAAGGAUUUACUUCCUCAAUAAUAUAAAAUUUUGUGAUAACAGACGAUUGGUACCAACAGAUGAUGACUAAAUGAGUCCAUAUGUGUGGUCUGUCACCAAUGCAACUUAAAAACUGUUUGAGCUCCAUUCAUUAAACAAGCUUUGUACCAUGCCCAUAUAUAUUGAAAUUCUUCUGGCUAUGUCGGUUACAUUGACCUUACUAAGCCUUCUGAGUUUCUUGCACCCAUUCUUCUCAGGUCUGAGGCAUACUAUUUUGAAUGGGUUGUAAUUUUGUGACUUUCAAUAAGUGAUUUUAAAUCCUAUUAUGCAUAAAAAUAUUUGAAUUUGCUAAUUCAAUCCGACAAGACUCUGAACAUACCCAUAUCCGUUGCCCUUUGGUUGAAUAGGUUAUAAUUACAGAUGUAAAAUUUAAUUAAUUAUAAAUGUGACCUUAAAUCUAUGAGAAAUCGUCUUAGCGUUGCAGCUGGUCGUAAAUGUGUAAAUAAAAUAAAUUUUUGGAACAUAUUAAUUAUCCUUGCUAUGUUAGUUUUGUUUACUGUAUGUAUUAUAGUUAAUAUUAAAUGCGUGUGUAUAUUCGCUACGUCGCCAUUCCACAACCUUUAAAAGGUUACUUAUUCUUGUCAGUAGUUUUAUUUACUAUGCGAUGUUAUUUCAAAACUGAAUUGGAAUAAAAAUUAUUUUAAC